AUGUCUUCAUUUUUCUAUUCAACCAAAACCGCAGAAAAAGAGCAUUAUCCCAUCCCGGAAGCUCUCAACACGCCAUAUGUCCUCGGUGUCUUACACGACUAUUCGGUGCUCGCACAGGUACUUUGGCCGAGACAAGUGCUUGAAGAAAAGCGUACAGACUUGAGUUCAAUUGCAUCUACUAUCGGUUCGUCUGAUUCGACUGCCAAAGCAACAUUAACAUCGCAAGGGAAUGGAAUCGUCUGUACCGGAAACAUGCCCCUUGGUGUCCAAUUCAUAGUGCUAUAUCGAAUUGUGACCUCUCAAGAAAACUCUCGAAAGGAGAAUACCGGUAAAACCGAGCCAGUCGGGGCUGAAUCUGCUUCCAGUCUUCUAAGCCCAACCACUUCGCCGACAGAGCCUCGGCUGCACUUGGAAGAGAAGAGAAUUUGGUUAUGGUUUUGGAAGAACUGGCUCAGAAUGGUAUGGAUAUAG